AAAUAAUAUAUAGAGGCUAAUGUUAUGGUGUAACUGUGUAAGUAUAUUAAAUGUGUUUAGUUAACAUUAGAUCGGUUAUAUAGCACAUAUAAAUAUAUAAUAUAUAUUUAUAAAUAUAUAUAUAUAUUCAUUCAGGAAGCCAUAAAAUCGUAUAUUUGUAUCCAAUUACACGUGUUUUUCGUAACACGCGGUGAUGGUAAAUAUAAUUAUGUCGAAAUAAUAAAAUAGCAUAGGUACCUAUAACGCAUUUAUACAGUGUAACGUGCAUUUAACGAUGAAAACAACAGCCCGUUAUUUAUCAAAGAAAAAAUUUUAUUUAAAAGCAAUAUUGACCUCAAAAGUCAAGUCGACUAUUAACCGGUAUAAAAAAUGUCGAUUUUGGUUAACCAAGGGUUGGUUGCGCGUCGCAAACAAUUGGAAAACGACUGAGCCAUCGGCGAGAGGACGAACUGCAGCAGCAGAAAUCGACGGUAAUAUGUUCCUCGGAUUGGACGAAAACAGAGACGUGUUGUUAAAACGUUUGAAUGCCGGCCAAGAUUUAUACCCCAAUUGUGAUACAUCGAUUUGGCUAAGAAACUGUACGCGUGACAUCCUGACUCCGAUCCAGGGGAAAAUCGAGGGUAAGAUACCGGAAUGGUUAUCGGGGUCGCUGUUACGAAACGGCCCGGGGAGUACACGAGUGGGAAAUUCUGAGUUUAAACACAUAUUUGACAGCUCGGCUUUACUACACAGGUUUGCAUUCAAAAAUGGAAAAGUAUCAUAUCAGUGUAGAUUUUUGGAAUCAAACACAUAUAAACAAAAUAAAGCAGCUCAAAGGAUUGUCAUUACCGAAUUCGGAACCAGAGCGUGUCCCGAUCCUUGUAAAACAAUUUUUCACAGGUUUUCUAAUGUAUUUAAAUGGGGAGACGACCAAUCAGACAAUGCGAUGAUAUCUAUUUACCCAAUCGGCGAUGAGUAUUUUGCAUUUACCGAGUAUCCAAUAAUGAUCAAAAUUGAUCCAACAACUCUCGAGACACUUAAAACUAUAGACAUUGCUCGUCUGAAUGGUAUUGUUCAUCAUACUGCUCACCCACACGUGGCAGCCGAUGGUGCAGUUUUCAAUUUAGCGACUGUUCCAAAAAUUGACGGACCUCAUUAUUGCGUGGUUAAAUUUCCUCGGGUUGAUUCAGAAACCGGAUGCCAGUAUUCGACGGAUGAAAUGUUUGGGCGAAUGUGCAUCGUGGCUACCAUAAAGUGUCGGUGGCCCUUGCAUCCUGGGUAUAUGCAUUCCUUCGGCAUAACGGAACAUUAUUUUGUCGUAGUCGAACAGCCCUUAAGCAUUUCAGUGUCUACUGCCGUGGUUAACAAAUUCAAAGGAGAUCCGCUGUCGGGUGCACUAAAAUGGUUUCAAGACUGCCCCACUUUAAUUCACUUGAUUUCACGAUCUGACGGCAAAACAGCAAAGACAUUUAAAUCGGAUGCGUUCUUUUAUCUCCACAUAAUAAAUCAGUACGAAGAAGAUGAUCACAUAGUGAUUGAUAUUUGUUGUUAUCGAGAUCCUUCCAUGAUCGACUGCAUGUUCGUCGAAGCAUUACAAAAUCUCAACAAAAACCCAGAUUAUGCAGCUAUGUUUCGCAGCAGGCCUUUGAGAUUCGUGUUGCCAAUUAACCGCGACAAUCCUACAAGUGGUGAUAUCAAAAACGACCACUUGUGUGUCUCCCCCGAAAAGCUAUGCGAUUUGGGUUGUGAGACACCCAGGAUUAAUGAAUUCAAAAUUGGGAAAAAAUACAGGUUUUUUUAUGCAAUAUCAUCUGACGUUGACGCUGAAAACCCUGGGACGCUCAUUAAAGUGGAUACGUACAAUAAAACAUGUAAAACAUGGUGUGAACAGAACGUAUAUCCUAGUGAACCAAUUUUCGUUUCUUUACCAAACGCUGAAGAUGAAGACGACGGUGUAGUUUUAUCAUCAAUCAUUUGGGGCGGAACAGAGUGUGAAAACCAAGCUGGAGUAAUCGUUUUGGACGCAAAGAGUUGGACAGAGAUAGGGCGAGCUGUUUUCGUCACUCAGUCACCAGUUCCUAAGUGCUUACAUGGCUGGUAUGCUGCUGCUGUAUAGAAAACUUGUCAUCUAAAUAUACAGUUAUAGAGAAUAUACUUAUUUUUGAUAAUUAUUAUUGAUCAUCGCAAUCGAUUUUUAAAUCAAUAUCUAUCAAACUAACUAUUAUAAUAUAUAUUGUUUUAUAUACUUGCAUGUUAUAUUAAAUGUAUUUUACUAUCAUGUGUUUUGAAAUCUUCUUGUUGUAUUUGAACCACAGAAAACAAGAAAAAACUGUUUUAACGCUAUCUGCUAUCUGUGGUACAUGAUGAUUAUUUCUCUUUCAUACUGAUUAUUUACAGUGAUAAAAUUAAAUAUUUUUCUAUCAUUUGAUAACACAUUCCACUCAAUAUCUGAAUUUGUCAUUUUUUGUGACUUAUGUCGUUUCUCAAAUAGGUGGUUCAUUUGAAACCAGUGGAAUUAUUAUAGUAUAGACUACAAGAGGUUUAUUUUAAUCCCAAGACUUAUUAUGAUCUUUUGUAAAUAAACAUCUAGUCAUUCUAUUACUUCUAUCAGGUCGUGUAUUCGAGAAUUUGAUCAAACACACAGCACAAUAUAAAUGUAUAGGUAUAUGCAUAUAAUGUAAUAUAAUGCAGCCAAUAUUAAUAUGGCUGGGUUAUGCUGUAGAAGUCUUAGGUGACACAAAUUAACUACUCAAAAUACUCGAAUCAAAAUAAUAAAUUACACUGAUUAUUGCUCGUCAUGAAAAGUCCAGUCGUCGCUCGUAGGAUUCGGUAUAGAGAUGUUGUUACUCUGUUUGGUGGUGAUAAUGCACUGACGAAGAGACGACCCAGAAGGGUCUGGAGAUUUCCGAUUUCUACGUGCGACAGUUUGGCCGUUAUUUAUUUAUCUGUUAUAUUUUAAAGAAUUGUGUGAGUAUAUCAUUACACUUUUAUACAAAGAGAACUAUUAAAUUUAAUUAAUUCUAAAGAAGUGUGAAGUUUUCCUGCUUCUAGCCAAACUUAAAUGAUAGUCCCGAGAAAUUUAAAUAUUCACUUUUUAUGUAUAAAUGCAUAAAUGUUUUGUAUAAAUUAAUGUUGAUAACAGUA